AUAAAAGCAAAUAGAGUCGGCCAUUUUCCUCGUGAAUUGUCAUCGAACUGAUCAAGUCACUCGGGAGUUUGCAGGGGUGUGUUGUGGAAUUACUGUAAGAAAGAUGAGUGGAGCAGGAGAGAAAGGGUCAACAACUACAAAAACACCGGCAGAUUUCCUCAAAUCAAUUCGUGGGCGACCAGUUGUCGUGAAACUGAAUUCUGGUGUUGAUUAUAGAGGUAUUCUAGCAUGCCUAGAUGGAUAUAUGAAUAUAGCCAUGGAGCAAACAGAAGAAUAUGUCAAUGGACAGUUAAAAAAUAAAUAUGGUGACGCAUUUAUUCGUGGAAAUAAUGUUCUUUAUAUCAGUACAUCAAAGAGGACAUUAGCAGAUGGGGCUUAGUGUUGCAACUGCAUUGAAGAAUUAAUGCCAUCUACAAGUCGUCGCUUUUCGUAUGAAUUUGUUUGUAGGAUGAUGAGGAUUUUAAAACUGAUAACUGAGACCGUACUAUGUCAUCUUACUUGAGUGGAACAUUGAAGCUUUAAUAUUUGUUCAACCCCGCGGAAGUAAUUGGCAGAUGCUUUCAUCCUACGAGCUGUGCCCACUUUCCCUGUUCUAAAUUGUUGUUUCUUGACUAUAAAUUGCACCAACUUUUAUUUUUUUAA